AAACUAUAAAAGGUCACUGGGAGCACAGUGAAGAUCACUGCAGUCGACUGAACCUUUGUCUGUAUCAUUUGUACCCUACAGAGGAACAACUCCAGAGAUCAAAAUGUCUUUUGAUAAGCUUCUGGAUAGUGGCAAAGUGGCUGCAGCCCUGGAAGAGUGUAAAGCUGCUGACUCCUUCUGCCACAAGAAGUUCUUCGCUUCCUGUGGUCUGAGUGACAAAUCCGAAGCACAGCUGACAGAGGCCUUCAACAUCAUUGACCAGGACAAGAGUGGUUUUAUUGAGGAGGAAGAACUGAAGCUGUUCCUGCAGGUGUUCAAAAAGGAUGCACGCGCACUCACCGACAAGGAGACAGGCUCGUUCAUGAAGGCUGGUGACACUGACGGCGACGGCAAGAUUGGCUCUUCUGAGUUCAUUGCCAUGGUUAAGCCAUGAAGAGGCAACUGACCAAUAAGACCUGCUCUGGUGGAACAAACAAGCCCACAUCGACCUCCCCCUCUUUUCAUCUGAAUAUAAAUAAUUUUUAUACAUUUGCUUAAGAUACAGUAUGCUUCCUCCUCCGCAACACACUGUCCAAAAAAUGAUCAAUGUUGUUCGGUCGUGUUCAUGUCUUAAAUAUGAAUUUUGCUUACUGUAAAAUCUACGAUGCACUUUCCAGGAAAAACAAACAGUUAAAAAAGAAUAAAUAUUCUUUUGGUACGGUC